UAAUCUUGGACUGGAGACGGCAGAUCAGAUAUCAGCUCCGCCUAGUGAUUCCGAUAGACUCCGUGGGAAGCAUUCAUAUGACUUUAUAACACGGUCACACUGACAGACAAGACAGAGGCAGCAGAAACAGACUGGGAGGGAGGAAGAGCUGCUGGUAUUUUAGACUGGAUGGAUGGGAGAGAGAUUUAGCAGUGGGUGAGGGCGGGCACCGGCUCGAGUCUAUGUAUUUUUGACACACUGGUAUAUAGGAACAUGGCCAUGAGCAGGGUUGGGAUACAGCUGCAUUUUCUUCUGUGCUCGGUGUCAGCGUAUCUUUCACCGUUUAAUCUGGAUAAUAUCAUUACUGUUCCUACAGCCCCGGCCACAUUUGAUGCCUUGAAAAGAUUUGACCCAUGUUGCCUGUUGGCUCCGCCUCCCCCACCUUUGUUCCCGCCCCCUCCCGGUGUCUUAAGUAGAGGGCCUGUGUCUCCAGGACCUGUGCUGAGGGUAGAAGAGAGAAAGAAGGAUGAGAAGCAAGUGAAAGAGUGCUGUGUCGUUGGACCACCAGGACCUGUCGGACCACAGGGUCAUACUGGCUUACCGGGAAUGCAGGGACCCAAAGGAGAUACGGGUGACAUAGGACAACCAGGGUCAAAGGGUCGAACUGGGCGUCCAGGACUGCCUGGAAAGCCAGGUUCUCCAGGGUUACCUGGCUCAGAUGGACCUAAGGGAGAGAAAGGAGACUCAGGACUAAUGGGAAUGCCGGGUAUGAGGGGACCAGUCGGACCUAAAGGUUUGCCAGGAAUCAAGGGUGAGAAGGGGGCACGAGGAGAUUAUGGACCCGCAGGUCCAAAAGGAGACCAGGGAGCAAAUGGACUUCCUGGGAUGCUGGGACAGAAGGGUGAAAUGGGACCCAAGGGGGAGCUUGGUGUAUCAGGGAGACGUGGCCCUACGGGUCGACCAGGCAAGAGGGGUAAACAGGGGGCUAAAGGAGAGAAAGGUACUCAAGGCCCAGUGGGACCUAGUGGUCCAUCUGGAUUCAGGGGCCACCCUGGGCCUCCUGGAGUACCGGCAUCAGGACUGUUUGUUGUUGGAGAAAAGGGUGAGAAGGGAAUGCCAGGCCCUCCCGGUUACUGUGACUGUGGUUCACUGAGUGCACCAUUACAACAUCGCAGCAAAUAUGAAAGAGUUCCAGCGAUAUUUGUCGUAAGCAGUGAGGAAGAGCUAAAAGGUCUCCAGACGGAUAAUGCACUGGCCUUCAGAAAGGACCAGAGGUCUCUUUACUUUAAAGAUGAAAAUGGAUGGGAGCCCAUUCAGCUGAUGCCCCUCCAGGCGACGGAGAGGAUGGGAGUGAAUGGUGUGUGCGGAGAUGGAGAGGUGCAGGAAGUCAACAGGGAGGAAUGUGACGAUGGAAACAAGGUCGUUACAGAUGAUUGCGUGGGUUGUAAAAAGGCAUUCUGUGGUGAUGGUUAUCGUCAUGAGGGUGUGGAAGAGUGCGACGGAAAGGACUUUGGCUACCAGACCUGCAAAUCGUAUCUGCCAGGCACAUUUGGGCAGCUCAGGUGCACUGACUCCUGUUUCAUCGACUCCACUGGAUGCAAAUACCGGACCUGAGGCCCACAAAUAUUUACACUUUCACAUGGACAAACAAACAGUGAGGUUCAAAGGUUUUGGAUGACUAUUGAAAAUCCAGCAUUUUUCCAAAUUAUUUCUUUCUCAAUUUGACUUUCAUCUGAAACUUGAAAUUGUUCAUUGGCUUCUGGCUUUUGGAUCUCACUGUGCAGUGUGCACACACAGAUAAAGCCUGCUGAGAUCAACAGUAUUAAGCGAAUCAGAAGAGAGAAGAUUUGGCUCUGUUUUUCUGUACUGCACUAUGCAGUAUCUGCUCUUUUAUGAUAGGGUGAUUUAAUGGAAGCAAGGAAGUAAGGAACUGCAUUAUGGAGAUCAUGAAAAGGCAUGAUUUGAAUGAAUGUAUAAUAUGUAUAUUAAAAUCGAAUUAUUUAAUUUGUAUUAUAAACGCAUGAGAAAGUUUGUGCAUGUUUACAUUAUGUAUGUAUCAUGUUUUUUCCCUUAGGAACAAACGACUAGAAUAUUUUACUGGGUCAUGCCUUGUAAAGAAAUGCUAGAUCAUUGUAUUUAUUUAUUUUUUAUUUAUUGAACCGUGACUAAUAUUUUAUGAAGUGAUACCUUGUUAGUUAUCUUUUUCACAGAAACUGGAAUGUCUUGCAAUGUUUACCUUGGUUAGACAAUUUAUUCACUCAUAGCAAUAAACUGCAAGCAUGUGAA